AUGUCGAAAGUUUACUUCUUUAAUUUAAAGAAAUCUGCUGCUGAGGCGCAUAGAUUGCUCGUAGAAGCAUAUGUGUUACCCCACCCGCUGUAUUCACCAGACAUUGCACCGUCUGAUUAUCACCUGUUCCGGUCCAUGGCACAUGCUCUGUCGGCGCAGCGGUUCACAUCUUAUGAGAAUACCGAAAAUUGGGUUAAUUCGUGGAUAGCCUCAAAAGACAAGGAGUUCUUCAGACGUGCGAUUCGAAUGCUGCCUAAGAGAUGGGAAAAAGUGGUUGCAAGUGAUGGGAAAUAUUUUAAAUAA